AUGUUUAACGCUCAUCGGUCCACCGACACGACGUUAUGCGAUGAUAACGCCAUCGUUCGAUGUCGAAACGUAUGGCAGACGUAUUUUCGAGUAAAACAAAAAAAUACGACCCCGACGGUGACCUGCGCUAUCCACUUAAAUCAUACGAACAAGACAGGUAUCCAAGACGAUGAUAGUAAAAAAAAACAAAAGCAACAGCAACGGUUAGAGGACCUCGCACCUGCACGUGGAAGUUGUACAACUAUACUGUUGUCUCUGUCUUUAAGUGCGUAA